AUGCGUGGCUUACUUCUCGCCUCUCUUGUCGGCCAGGCCGCCUUCUGCGUUGCCCUUCCUUCUGAAGCCGCUCACAGCCCUCGCGCGGCCGGUGCCCAAGCCUAUGCGUCCAACUCGGCCGGCAACUACAAGCUCUCCUCCAUUGCCGCUCCUGUCCAAGGCAAUGGAAGCCCUGGCCCGUCUACCUGGAACCUGUCCAUCGACGACACGAGCUCUGGCUACAAGCAGAAGAUCACCGGCUUUGGUGCCGCCGUGACCGAUGCCACCGUCACUUCCUUCAACGAGCUCUCUUCCAGCACUCUCAAUGAGCUGCUCAACGAGCUCAUGACCUCGGCCGGUGCCAACUUCGCCCUCAUGCGACACACCAUCGGUGCGUCCGAUUUGUCUGGCGACCCGGCUUACACGUACGAUGACAAUGGAGGCAACGCCGACCCCAACCUCACCGGCUUCAACCUCGGUGACCGUGGCACUGCCAUGGCGACCAUGUUGGCCAAGAUGAAGGGCCUCAACUCCAACCUCAAGAUCUUUGGUUCGCCCUGGAGCGCUCCCGGCUGGAUGAAGCUGAACAACGCCAUCGACGGCAACACCAACAACAACAACCUCAAUGAUGGCUACCUGACCAACAACGGCCCUCAGUACUCCAGCGCUUUCGCCCAGUACUUUGUCAAGUACAUCCAGGCCUUCCAGUCGCACGGCGCCACCAUUGACGCCAUUACUCUGCAGAACGAGCCCCUGAACAGCCAGGCGGGCUAUCCCACCAUGUACAUGUUCUCGUACGAGCAGGGUGACCUCAUCCAGAACUACGUCGGCCCUGCCCUGAAGAGUGCAGGCCUCGGGACCAAGAUCUGGGCUUACGACCACAACACUGACCAGGCUGUCUACCCUGAGCAGGUCCUGGGCAUUGCCGCCGACUACGUCUCGGCCGUCGCGUGGCACUGCUAUGCCACCAACCUGGACUGGACCGUCCUGACCAACUUCAAGAACCAGUUCCCCAACGUGGAGCAGUACAUGACCGAGUGCUGGACCCCGUCCACCGGCGCCUGGAACCAGGCCGCCAGCUUCACCAUGGGCCCUCUGCAGAACUGGGCCUCUGGUGUCGCCGCGUGGACUCUCGGAACGACUGCUCAGGACGGGCCUCACCUGUCCAGCGGUGGAUGCGGCACCUGCACGGGCCUCGUCACCAUCAACAACGGCCAGUACACAUUCCAGACUGCCUACUACAUGAUGGCCCAGUUCAGCAAGUUCAUGCCCGUGGGGGCUACUGUCCUGAGCGGCACCGGCAGCUACACGUACUCCUCUGGCGGUGGUGUCCAGUCUGUUGCCUCGCUGAACCCUGACGGAACCCGCACGGUCGUCAUUGAGAACACGUUUAGCAACGACAUCUACAUUCACCUCACUACCCAGAGCGGCCAGGAGUGGAGUGGCAACGUCCCCUCUGAGUCUGUGACUACUUGGGUUCUCCCUGCUGUUUAA